AUGUUGGAACAAGUAACACUCUCCUCUACCGUUUCCGACACGACUCCUUCGUCAUCUCCAUCAGAAUUGUCUGGGCUAACUUCCCCUCGACAUUUCCGCGCUGAGCAUAGAGAAUUCAAGAAAGAAGGUACAACAGGCCCGAAGAGAGAUACAAUCAUAUUUGUAAGAUGCCAGGAGCAAAUACUCAUUAGGAUGUGUAAGAUGACCCUGGAUGAAAUCGAUAUUGAGGCAGACGAAGAGCAAACCGAGAUUUUCACUUGGUACACCAUUGACGCGGUUUGUGCAAGUUACGCUGCAGCGCGAAACCGAGUACGCCAGUAUACUCAACUUGCCAAGAUAUAUCAACAAGAGGCAGAUGAUUGGGCUAUCAAACUUGAGAGGGCCAGUUAUGUUAUGCCAGACUACAAGCCC